AAAAAUCUCGACAACAGCCGUCUGAGAAUUCAUCAUCAGCCUUUGCAGAGAUAUAAAAUAAAUUUAUUGGUAAUUCAAGGUACCUGUUUAUGAUCUUCCACAAACAGUUAAAAAUGUCUUGGACAAGAGCUGACAGUGUCACUGUUAACAUUGAUAAUAUGCUUAACAGCUUGUCUUCUACACCUCCAAAGCCCUCAAUGUUUAGAGUUGGUGAUCAUUUACGCAGCAUAAAUCCAGGGGCUUAUGAUCCAGAAAUAAUAGCCAUUGGCCCAUUUCACCGCAGUAAACCCAACUUGCAGAACAUGGAGCAGCACAAAGUCAGGUAUCUAAAGCUGUUUCUUCAAAGAAGAAAUGGGUCAAGGCUAGAAAGAUAUGUUACCACAAUAAGACACUUAGAAGAUAGGGCGCGAAAAUGUUAUGCAGAAGAUAUCAAACUUAAAGAAGAUCAGUUCGUGGAAAUGUUGAUUCUUGAUGGUUGUUUUAUCAUCGAAUUUCUCUAUAUGUUUCAACACAUAGAACGUAGGGAUGAGGAUGACCCCAUUUUCCAGUAUGGACAUAUACAAAGUCAUUUGCUUCAUGAUCUAAUGGUAUUUGAGAAUCAGAUUCCAUUUUUCAUCAUUGAUCAUUUGUUCAACGUGAUCAACAUCAAUGAUCUAGACAAUAUCAAUUCUCUAAUAUGGCCUUUACUACAAAAUGGAAUUUUCCCAGUGAAUGGUCUUCCUGAAGUCCCUAUUAAUGCUCUUCAUCUUCUUGGCAUUGUACAUGGCUUCCAGUGUUCUUCAUUUGCAAGGAUAUUAUCUCACUCUGGAAAUCCAGAUGACGUGAUGAAUAUAAAUUCAGCUGUAGAACUCAGUGAGGCAGGGAUUUCCUUCAAAAAGUCGGAAGGUAAUAGUUUUUUUCACAUUGAAUUCAAAAAUAAAGCAUUGAUCAUUCCAGAAUGGGAAAUUUCUGAUUUAACAGAAUCAUUGUUCAGAAAUUUGAUUGCAUAUGAGUACUACCUCACCGGCAGUCCUCAAAAAUAUGUGACGGACUAUGCAUUCUUCAUGCAUUGUCUCGUCCAUUCCCCGGAAGAUGUAAAAUUGUUGCGCCGUUCUGGAAUCAUUAGCAGCUUUUUGGGGAGCGAUGAAAUGGUUUAUCAUGUAAUCAACCGGCUAGGCAAGAAUAUCAUAAUUUCUGAUAAGUUUUCGUAUUCUAAUAUUUUCUACUUUGUGAACCGUCAUUGUCUCCACAAGUGGAAUAUAUGGAUGGCAACUCUAAGGCGAGAAUAUUUCAACAGUCCAUGGGCACGCAUUUCAGUCGGUGCUGCCAUUUUCUUGCUUGGGCUCGCCAUCAUACAGACUGUGUUUGCCAUUCUCUCAUAUCUGGGCUGGGUUGUGGGGUUGUUGAGUAAAAGCAGGAUGUACAAAUGUGUGUGUGUGUGUGUUUUCAUUGAUGCAAAUGCAACCGUUAGAAUGUGUCGUAGGUUGGCAAGGGAUGAGCCAGAUUAUUCUGCGGUUCGGAAAAUGGUUAUUUCCUGGUCAUCAAGCUAUCCUCAAAAUAUCUCUGUUCAUCAAUUGGAUUUUGUUUCAAUCUUGUCCAAUUGUGGUGGACCCAGUUUUCCUCAAUUUCUCUUCUGUUCUUCAACUCUUCGGUCUUCCCCGAUUAGGCGCUUGCUGGCUGCUGUAGAUACUCCAUACUAG